CUCUUUUCUUGUCGCUUCCUUCCUCUUCCUCUUCUGCUCUUUUCUUCUCUCUUCCCAUAUUCAUUCUAAUCGUGACUGACCGUCCGGGUUCGUUUCUUUCCCACCCAACUUUUCCCCUUCAUUGUGAUACCCGAGCUCUUCUAGCUUUGCGCUGAGAGAGCUUUUGUUUCCUUCUGUUGAGAUACCCCUUAAGAGAUACCCUACUCGACCUGCGCCUUUAUUUCCGGAGCUUCGCCAGCUUCCCUAGCUCUCAUUUAAUCCAUCUCUACUGAUUAUAAUUACCCGCCUAAUCAUCAUCCGACACCAUGUCUGAAGCCCCCAAGCCCGUCGAGGAGACUCCCGCGGCCGCCCCCGCCGUGGCUCCUGUUACUGAAGCGCCCGCUGCCACCGAGACCCCGGCCACCGAGACGGCUGCCGUUGAGGCCCCCCAGGAGACUCCCGCUGAGACCACUGAGGCUGCUCCCGCCGCCGCUGAGGAGUCCAAGGCCGAUGCCCCCGCCGAGGAGCCUAAGGAGGAGGCUAAGCAGGAGGAGGUGACCCCCGCAUCGGAGGGCGUUCUGGGUUACAAGGCCCCCGGUCUCGUCAAGGGACUUCGUUUUGCCAAGCGCUUCUUCUACUUCAGCGAUGAUGCCGUCGAGGCUAAGCAGCUCUCUGCCUUCCACCAGAAUGAGAAGGCUGCCGUCGCCAACCCCAUUGCCGCCUGGGCUAGCCAGACCGGCAAGGGCCUUCUGUUCUUCACCAAGCGCGCCGAAGACAAGGCCACUCCCACCGGUAUCUUCAACCUGGCUGAGGUUUCCGACAUUGCUAAGGAGGGCUCCGUUGAGCUGCACUUCAAGGUUAACGGCCAGAAGCACACCUUCCAGGCCGCUAACGCUACCGAGCGUGACAGCUGGAUCGCCGCCCUCGAGGCCAAGUCUGCUGAGGCUAAGGCUGAGAAGGAGGCCGUCACCUCCAGCGAGGGUUACAAGGCUGAGCUUGAGAAGCUGAGCCCCGCUGCCGCUGAGCCCGCUAAGAAGGCUGAGCCCAAGGAGGAGGCUGCCCCCGCCGAGGACAAGAAGGAGGAGAAGGCUACUUCCAAGAGCCGCUCUCAGUCUCGCAAGAGGGCCAGCAUCUUCGGAACCCUGCUCGGCAAGAAGGAGGAGGCUAAGGAGGAGGCUGCUCCCGCUGAGGACAAGGAAGACAAGGCCGAGGAGGCCAAGCCCGCUGAGGCUGCCGCUGAGGCCCCCGCCGAGGCUUCUGCCGCUGCCGAGAGCGCUGAGCCCGCCGCCGCCGUCCCUGCUGAGGCUAGCGACAAGAAGGAAGAAAAGGAGGAGAAGAAGGAAGACAAGGAAGAGAAGAAGGCUGAGCACAAGUCCAAGCGCGCAUCUCUCUUCGGCAACUUUUUCCAGAAGGUUACCAGCCCCUCUCACGAGAAGUCGGAGAAGGAGGCCACUGCUCCCGCUGAGACCCCUGUUGCUAGCACUGCCCCUCAGUUGGACAACCCCGUUGAGGAGGCUGCUGUCAAGCCCAUCGAGCCCGAGAGCGUGACCGCUCCCGCUGAGGCUGAGGCUGCCAAGGACGCCACUCCCGCUCAGUCCCCUGUUGCGGAGACUCCCAAGGACAAGCGCCGCACCUCUUUCUUCGGCAACUUCGGCAAGAAGAAGGGUGACUCUGACAACGAGGGUGCCGAUGGCGAGCCCAAGCCCAAGGGCAACAAGCUCGGUGGUAUCUUCCGCAAGCCCAGCAAGGCCGUGAAGCCGGAGGUCAAGGAUACCGAGGCCGAGGCCAAGGCUGAGGCUCCCAAGGAGGCCACCGUCCCCGAGUCGCCCGCCGAGGAGGCCGCUCAGCCCGCUGAGGCUGCGGAGGAGGAGUCCAAGCCCGUCAACGUCGCCUCGACUUCCACUCCUGUCCAGGCUGCCGCAUGAAGCGCUUCCCGCAGAGAUGUGGAGUACGAGAAAUGGUGGGACCGACGGUAUUCGUAUCCUAACCCUUCAACACCUCGAUGAUCAGUCGUUUUAAAAAAUGGAAAAAUUGGAAAAGAAAAAAUAUAUCCAGGAAACAAACCCCAUGAUUGUUAUUUUUGCGCUUAAUUGAUGUCUCCACUGCCACCGUUUUGGUUUUCUUGUGCCAAGCAAGAUCGACCAGAUUGAGUGUCAAUGAUACCCUCUGCUGCUUUGGCGGUCAUUUCCGAGCCCUGAUGUCUAUGGCGCGUCUGGUGCUGCGUUCCAUUCGUUAUGAUAUGCGUUCCGCAAGGAUACCCAACUGGCCUUGUGUGUUCAUGUUGUGCGCCGUCCAAACUAGAUUGAUACCACUUGUCGCUGUUUAUUGUUCGUUUGUUUCUGUGAUAUUCUCAUGUUGCCGUUCGAUGCAUUUUGUCUUGAUACCCCUAUUGGGAGG